AUGUUUAAUCGGAACAAGAAAUCCGCGGCCGAGGCCAAUGAUCUUACUGUCGAUUCGAAUUCGAGUCCAGGAAACAGUGACCCUCUCGCCGACAUUCCAAAGACAAAAUGGGAACGUCUUUGGCCAGCGAUGGCUUGUGGUUCGGGAUUAUUCUCUGAUGGUUACAUCAAUAACGUAAUCGGAUCAGUCUCUACCAUGCUCGGAAAAAUUUACGGAAAAACAUACACAGAAUCUGCCGCCGUUAAAAACAUCUCUGCGAUUACAUUUGCUGGUACUGUUGCUGGUAUGAUCAUAUUUGGUUACACCAGUGACAAAUGGGGUAGAGCAAAUACACUUACGCUGUCCACGGUGAUUCUUAUCGUCUUUGCUGCUCUUGGCGCUGGUUCAUAUGGAUAUCAAGGGAGUACAGGGGGUUUAUUCGCUGCACUUGCUGCCUAUCGUUUCCUUGUCGGAGUAGGAAUUGGAGGAGAAUAUCCCGCUGGAUCUGUGGGUUGUUCUGAGGCUUCGGGAGAAUUAAAAGCUGGUACUCGAAACAGAUGGUUUAUUAUCUUCACGAACGUCAUGAUCGAUUGGGGUUUUGUUAUCGGUGCUUUUGUACCAUACUUGAUGGUUGUCAUUUGCUCUGAAGAUCACUUGAGAGCUGCCUGGAGAAUUUCACUUGGUCUCGGUGUUGUUCCUCCAUUACUCUUAUUCUAUCUCCGACUCAAAUUGAAGGAGCCAGAAGAAUUUCAGAGGGAGAGCAUGAAAAAUGUUAAAAUUCCCUACGGUCUUGUGAUCAGAUACUAUUGGUUCAGAUUAUUGAUAGUUUCGUUGAUCUGGUUCAUCUACGACUUCUCCACCUAUUCAUUCGGUAUCUACUCCUCUAAGAUUCUCAGUAACAUUUACGGAGACUCGGCGCCACUUUCUCAAUCAUUCGGCUGGAAUACCGUCAUCAAUCUCUUCUAUAUUCCUGGAGCUAUUCUCGGAUCCUUCUUUUCCGAUUGGAUUGGACCACGAUAUGCUCUUGCGAUAGGAGUCACAUUACAGGGUGUUGUUGGCUUUAUCAUGUCCGGAUUGUACCCGGUCUUGUCCAAAGUAAAGAACGUUCCAGCUUUCGUGGUUGUAUACGGAAUCUUCCUUUCCCUUGGCGAACUUGGUCCAGGCGAUAACAUUGGACUUCUCGCAUCUAAAACCUCCGCAACUGGCGUGAGAGGUCAAUACUAUGCUAUUGCAGCUGCCGUCGGUAAAAUUGGUGCUUUUGUUGGCACUUAUAUUUUCCCAUACAUUGAGGCAGCCGGUGGUGACGCAAACGCUUCAGCGCAAUAUCCAUUUUAUGUUUCGAGUUCUGGAUGUAUCCUAAGUGCGAUCUUGGCGCUUUGCUUUUUACCGCAUGUUGGACAAGAUACUAUUACCACGGAAGAUUUGAGCUUUAGAGAGUAUUUGGAGAGUAAGGGAUGGGAUACUAAUCAAAUGGGAUUGAGAAAGGCGGACAAUCUUGAGGAGGCUGCGGGUAGACGUGAAGUUGGAGAGAAGCAGGAGGAGUUGGUUUCUUCUUCAUGA